UCUUAUUUAAAUACUAACCGCUCUUUAGAUUUCUUCUUUCUACUUGGUUUUCGUAUUUCUUACCGGAAUAUCUUCUUCGCCGUUGUUGUUCCUCCAUUGAUCAAUUUUCUCUCUUCUAGGGUUUCUAUUCCGGUGAUUUUGAUCUGAUAUUGCAGGUGAUUUUGAUAUGCCGUAUUUAGUGAGAGAAAAUCUCUUCAUCGGAAACAUUGGCGAUGCUGCGGAGAUUCUGGAAAAAGGAAGCUCUGAAAUCACGCAUGUAUUAUCGGUGUUGAGUUCGGCGUCGAUUUCAUUUUUUUCGGAAUGGCGUAGCUCGCUUGAAAUUCCAGCGAAGGAAAUAAAGAGAGUUUUUGCUGGUGAUUCUGAGUUUUUGGAAGGUUCUAAAAGUGCACUUUCACCUGAGAAACUUGUUUAUAAUAUGGAAUAUGCUGGAAAGGAUUUAAAGAUUGUGAGGAUGGCUGUACCUAUUAAGGAUACUGAAGAUGAGAAUUUAUUGGAUUAUUUGGAGGUUUGUUUGGAUUUUAUUGAAGAUGGAAGGAAAAAUGGAGCUACUUUGGUUCAUUGUUUUGCUGGUGUUUCAAGGAGUGCAGCUAUUAUUACAGCAUAUUUGAUGAGAUCUGAACAACUAUCUCAGGAAGCUGCACUUGAAUCAUUACGGGAUUGCUGCGAGUUUGUUUCACCUAAUGAUAAUUUUCUAGAACAGUUGAAAAUGUUUGAGGAGAUGAAUUUCAAGGUUGACCGUGGUAAUCCCAAAUAUAAACGUUUUCGUUUGAGGAUACUGGGUGAUUCAUAUAAUCGGGGGCAUAAAAUCGACAGUUCCAAGUUUGGAGCAGAUCCUGGUUUGCCGCGAGAAGUUGAGUCGACUAAUCCUGAAACAUUGCCAGAUGGUAAUAAAAGUUCUACUGUGGCUUACCGUUGUAAGAAAUGCCGGAGGGUUGUUGCUGUGCAAGACAAUAUAGUAAAUCACAAUCCAGGUGAAGGUAUGACAGCCUUUCAGUGGCAGAAGCGAAGAAGUGGAAAUAACUUUAAUAAACCUGAUGAUUUUGGAUGUUCUUCUAUUUUUAUUGAGCCAUUGAAGUGGAUGAAAACAGUUGAAGAAGGGGCGAUUGAGGGGAAGCUAUCGUGUGUCCAUUGUGAUGCUCGCUUGGGCUAUUUCAACUGGUCGGGUAUUCAGUGCAACUGUGGGAGCUGGAUCACCCCGGCAUUCCAACUUCACAAAAGUCGGAUGGAUAUCAGCACCGUCUAACUUUCAUUGCCCAUGCUGUUGUAUCUUUCUCUUUACUAUGCAAAACAUAAGCCUUGGAUUACGAGGUGUUAUCAGGAAACUUGUUCGCUUUCGGAGCCUUGGAGCUGGUUCCUUAAAAGCACAUAACACAGAUGCUGGGUGACACCUCAACUUAAUCACUGGUUCAAAUUUACAUUUCACUGGAGUUUUAAGCAAGUUUUUUACUCUACUUGAAUAUAUUUGUAACCUUUCAGGGAAUAUGCUUCUAUCUCUACUAUUUUGUUACAACACUUGAGUAUAGAGAAGCCCUUAAUUAUAUGAUGAAAAUUUGGUUCAAGUAUUAGUGAUAUGUCAUAAUUUUGGCUGACGAAAA